AUGCAGAAGUCACCAGUAGAAGAUGCGAACUUCUUCUCCAAAUUUUUCUUCUGGUGGGUAACACCACUGUUAAGGAAGGGCUUCAGAAAGAAGUUGGAUCUGUCAGAUGUGUACAAGGCUCCCUCCUUUGAUCUGGCAGACAACCUCUCUGAGAGACUUGAAAGAGAAUGGGACAGGGAGGUGGUGUCAGCCACAGCCAAGAGAAAACCUAAGCUGCUGAGAGCACUGGCCCGCUGCUUCUUUUGGCCUUUCGCCUGCUUUGGUGUCCUCCUCUACCUUGGGGAGGCUUCCAAGACAGUGCAACCUCAGAUUUCAGGUCGCAUCAUUGCUUCCUUUGACCCGUUCCAUGCUCCAGAGAGAAGUCAGGGACUCUACCUGUCCCUGGGCCUUUGCCUCCUCUUCACUGCACGCUUCCUUCUGUUGCAGCCUGCCAUCUUUGGCCUGCAUCACCUUGGCAUGCAGAUCCGCAUCGCACUUUUUAGCCUUAUUUACAAGAAGACCCUGAAGCUGUCCAGCAGAGUCUUGGAUAAGAUCAGCACUGGUCAGCUUGUUAGUUUGAUGUCUGCAAAUCUCAACAAGCUGGAUGAGAGUUUGGGUCUGGCACAUUUUAUAUGGAUCACCCCUCUGCAGUGUAUAUUGUGUGUGGGUCUGGUCUGGGAGCUGAUUGAGGUGAACGGCUUCUGUGGCCUUGCAGCACUGACUCUGAUGGGCAUCGUCCAGGCUUGGCUCUCCACCAAGAUGGCACCUCAUCGGGCGAACAGAGCUCCUAUGACUAGCCGCCGCCUAGCUCUCACCACAGAGAUUAUAGAGAACAUUCACUCUGUGAAGGCGUACGGCUGGGAGGAAGUGAUGGAAAAUAUCAUCAAGAACAUCAGGCAGGAUGAGAUGACACUGACGAGAAAGAUUGGAUCUCUCCGUUACUUCUACAGCGCGUCAUACUUCUUCUCUGCCAUCUUUGUUAUCCUCUCAGCCAUUAUACCAUAUGCACUCAGUAAAGGCAUCAUCCUGCGUCGAAUUUUCACCACAGCCUCCUACUUCAUGGUGUUAAGAAUGACACUGACCCGCCAGUUUCCAGGUUCCCUCCAGAUGUGGUACGACACAAUGACACUACUCCACAAGAUUGAGGAUUUCCUGAUGAAGGAAGAAUACAGUGGACUGGAGUAUAACCUCACCACCUCAGAACUGGAGUUGGUCAAUGUGUCCGCAUCCUGGGAUGAGCGUAUUGGUGAGUUGUUUGAGAAGAUCCAGCAGGAGAGCAAAGCAAAUGGACACCUGAACGGUGACCCCGGGCUCUUCUUCACCAAUCUCUAUGUCACCCCUGUGCUCAGAAACAUCAGCCUGCACCUCGACAAAGGCCAGAUGCUCGCUGUGGCUGGAUCCACUGGCUCAGGAAAGAGUUCCCUGCUCAUGAUGAUUCUGGGAGAACUGGUGCCAACAGAGGGUAAAAUUAGACACAGUGGUCGCAUUUCCUUCUCACCCCAGACUUCUUGGAUUAUGCCAGGGACGAUUCGUGACAACAUCCUGUUUGGCCUGACCUAUGAUGAAUACCGCUACAAUUCUGUUAUUCAAGCCUGCCAGCUGGAAGAGGACUUCACUUUGCUACCCGAGAAAGACAAGACGUAUCUCGUCGAUGGAGGGGGGACCCUCAGUGGUGGUCAAAGAGCUCGUCUCUGCCUUGCCAGGGCUGUGUAUAAAGAUGCAGACCUCUACCUCCUGGAUGCGCCUUUCACCCACCUGGACAUUGCUACAGAAAAAGAGAUCUUUGAAAACUGCAUCUGUAAACUUAUGGCCUCCAAGACUCGUGUCGUAGUAACCAGCAAGUUGGAGCAUCUCAAACGUGCAGACAAAAUCCUUCUGCUGCACAAUGGAGAUUGUUACUUCUAUGGCACCUUUUCAGAGCUGCAGGCCAAGCGUCCAGACUUCAGCUCCAUGCUUCUUGGUCUUGAGGCUUAUGACAACGUCAAUGCUGAGCGGCGUGGAUCCAUUCUCACAGAAACUCUUCGCAGGGUUUCAGUUGAUGAAACCGCUGGUUUCCGUGGCUCAGAGCAAAUUCGUCAGUCCUUCCGACAUGCACCAGCUCAAAGCCAUCCUCUAGGUGAUGGCUACCCUGAAAAACGCAAGCAGUCACUCAUCCUUAAUCCUCUGGCAGCUGCCCGCAAGUUCUCCUUCAUUGGGAAUUCUCAACAAACUGGAAACACAACAGUGGAAGACAGGUCUGAUGAACUCCCAGAGAGAAGAUUCUCUGUAGUGCCUGAAGAUGAACAAAUAGAGGAGGCACUUCCGAGGAGUAACCUGUACCAUGAUGAGUUUCAGCAUCUUAGCGGACAGCGGCGCCAGUCUGUCUUGGAGUUCAUCACCAGCGCUCGGGGCCAAGAGCGCAGAGAGCAGAUGCAGUCAUCUUUCAGGAAAAAGCUCUCCAUCACACCGCAGUACAGUCUUGCAUCAGACCUGGACAUUUACUCCCGCCGCCUGUCCAAGGACAGUGUCUAUGACAUUAGUGAAGAUGUGGAUGAAGAAGACAUGGAGCAAUGCUUUGCGGAUGAACGUGACAAAAAUGUCUUUGAAACUACCUCAUGGAACACUUACCUACGCUACGUAAACACCAACAGGAACUUAGUCUACGUCCUCAUUUUCAUCUUCAUUGUCUCUGUCAUUGAGGUUGCUGGCUCUGUCCUCGUACUAUGGGACGCCGCCAAUCCUUCAUCGCCCAACUAUAUUGAUGAGCAGCACCCCAAUGCAUCGUCGCCGCCUGGCCAUCUCGGUGUUAUUAUGACACCCACCAGUGCUUAUUACAUCAUCUACAUCUUUGUAGCCCAUGCGGACAGUAUUCUGGCCCUGGGAUUCUUCAGGGGUCUCCCUUUAGUGCAUACAUUACUGACUGUGUCCAAAAGACUGCAUGAACAGAUGCUUAGCUCUGUGCUGCGAGCCCCCAUGUCUGUGCUCAACACGAUAAAAACAGCCAGGAUCGUGAACAGGUUCACCAAGGACAUGGCCAUCAUAGAUGACAUGCUGCCAUUGGUGCUUUUUGACCUCAUACAGGUGUCAUUAAUCGUCACCGGUGCCAUCUUCACUGUGUCCAUCAUAGAGCCAUACAUCUUCAUCGCUGCUCUCCCAUUGGCUUUUAUCUAUGUUUUCCUCAGGAAGUACUUUCUACGAACUGGACAGCAACUUAAAGUCCUUGAGGCUGAAGCGCGUACCCCGAUCUUCUCUCAUCUCAUCCUCUCACUAAAGGGUUUAUGGACAAUUCGGGCAUUUGAGCGCCAGACCUACUUUGAGACACUUUUCCACAAGGCUUUGAACACUCACACGGCCGCCUGGUUCCACUACCUGUCUGUUCUGCGGUGGUUUCUCUUCCGCUGUGACAUGCUCUUCACCGUGUUCUUUACUGCUGCUGCCUUCAUCGCAACAGGAAGCAACAGGGACAAACCAGGAGAGAUUGGCAUCAUUGUGGCCCUGGCUGUGCUUAUCUGUGGGAUUUUCCAAUGGGCUGUCAUCACCAGCAUCGCUGUAGAUGGGAUGAUGCGUUCAGUGAAUCGGGUAUUCAAAUUCAUCGACCUACCAUCAGAAGAUCCUCGGUUAGGGAAAUCUAAAGGAGGUGGCAGAGGCCUUGAUAUCAUCAUCGACAACCCCCAUGCACGUGACUGCUGGCCUAACCGUGGCCAGCUGGACGUCCGGGGCCUCACAGUGAAAUACACAGAGGCUGGGCGUGCCAUCCUCAACAAUAUCUCCUUCUCUGUGGAGGGGGGACAAAGCGUUGGUCUGCUGGGUCGAACAGGUUCAGGGAAGAGCACCCUGCUGUCUGCUCUGCUGCGUCUCACCUCCACAGAAGGAGACAUUUCUAUUGAUGGUGUUUCCUGGAACUCUGUCUCAUUGCAAGCAUGGAGGAAGGCCUUCGGUGUGGUGCCACAGAAAGUCUUUAUCCUGACUGGAACUUUCCGGAUGAACCUGGACCCACAUGGAAAUUACAGCGACACAGAAUUGUGGAAGGUGGCUGAGGAGGUGGGUCUGAAGUCUGUGAUUGAGCAGUUCCCAGACAAGCUAGACUUUCAGCUGGAGUAUGGAGGCAGCGUGCUGUGCAAUGGACACAAACAGCUGGUUUGUCUUGCCCGUUCCAUCCUCAGUAGAGCCCGUAUCCUGCUGCUGGAUGAGCCAUCUGCCUACCUUGACCCUAUAACACUGAAGGUCCUGAGGAAGACACUGAAACAGGCGUUUUCAGGCUGCACCGUCAUCAUGUCAGAACACAGGGUGGAUCCACUGACGGACUGUCAGUCAUUCCUGAUGAUUGAAGGCAGCUCCAUGAAAACAUACGACUCCAUUCAGAAGCUCAUGAAUGAGAAGAGUCACCUCAAACAGGCCAUGAGCACAGCCGAUCGGCUCCGCCUCUUCCCAACGCUUCACCGCCUUAACUCCAACAAGAGGCCGACGCCACAGACCGCCAAGAUCUCCUCACUGCCAGAGGAAGCAGAAGAUGAAGUCCAUGACACGAGACUCUAACUGGCCAGCUGCAAACACACAUGCGCAUACUCACCUGCAGGGACAAACAAACGGCUGUUUGAAGACCAAUGAUUUGGGGUUAAUUUCUGAAGCAAGAUUGACGAGGCCAUAAUGACAGAAUCUGAAUCAGUUUGGACAACUCAGGCAUAUUAUUUUACUCACUAGUAGGAGAAUUCAAUUUACACUGAAUCAAAAAUUAUUGAAAUAGUGAAAUGUGUCUUACAAAAAUUGAAGCCACAUUUUUCAUAGCCAAACAUAGCUGCUGAGAUCCACUUCACUGUCACAAAGUAAAACCAGGAUUAUGAAGCUUUGCACACAUUAAAAAAAAAAAGAAGCUAUGUCCUAAAUUACUUAAACAGUCCAGCUACCUACUAUUUUAUUAACCUUUUACCAAAGGUGUGACUGGAGCCUAUCCCAACGAACAUAGGGCAAAAGGCAGGGUAAGCAAUAAUAAGUAAGUAAAGUUUAUUACAGAGAGCUUUUCACAAAGAAGCAGUCACAAAGUGCUGUAUCACAAAGCAGAGUAAAACCUGCCACUCUGGACAAGUUAUUACUCCAUCACAAGGCUAACACAGAGACAGUGAACCACACACUCACAUCUAAAACCAGUAUAGUCAUGAGCUAACCUAACAAGAAUGUCUUUGGACUGUGGGAAAGAACCGGAAGAUGCUGAGGAACCCAAAGAACAUGCAAACUCAACACAAAAAGAGGAGCCAGCAAGGAGGUGAGGUGAUGUGUUAACCACUGUACCACUGUGUCGCCCCCAUCUCAGAAUAGGCAUGUUUAAAAGUUGCCUGACCAUGACUGAGUGU